CCGAAUACUUUCGCAAGGCACUGUAAAGCUGAUAUGGGGGGGGGUUACAGAUGUAUUUAUUUUUCUGUUCUAUGAGAGUUGUACUUGUAGGAUAAACAGGAUGUACUCUGCCCAAGGGCGUAGGUUUGGUUUGAACAUUGGUGGGGACACAAUUUUUUAGGGGGGCGGAGUCACGGUCGCUAGGGGGGGUUCUGGGGCAUGCUCCCCUGGGAAGAAAUUUUUUAGGAGACAGCUGUUAAAUGGUAACUUCUGGUGGCUUGAAAUGAAUGCUGGACGUGAAUCGAGGACAAUCUGAUUGACAUGAAGUUGGCUGGUAUACACUUAAAACACUAGGAUAAAGUGGCCGUCCUGGGAGCUGGUUUGACAUCCCUGCUAUAGAAUUACUAAUAACCUGAAUUAUAACCUAUCCCAGCCUUACUGUAAGCUACCAAUACCCCUGGCGCUACAAGCAUGAGCACAUGCACGCUCACGUGCUCUGCCUGCCUCUCCUGUGUCUGUGCUGCUGCUCGUACCUGGGUGCAUUGCUUCAUUCACCUGAUAAAAUAAUAAAUUGAUGCAUGCCAUAUAGAGAGAAAAUAUAUGGCUAUGCUAACUUUAUUUGCUGAGUAUUACUAUACAGCAUUAGCCUACUAUCAUAUCACAAUGUGCCUCAAACAAUAAUAUAUCCUGAGUCUAAUACUUUCACUAUUAUAAUCACUAAGCCAUUACAGACCUCACCUGCGACCCCGUUGCUCCACCUGCCUCUGUACUGCUUUUACCAGGUUGCACUGCUUCACUCGCCUGAUAAAAUGAUAAAUUGAUGCAUGCUGUUUAGAGAGAAAGUAUGACUCUGCUAAAUUCAUUAGUAAAUUAUUUUUACAUUUGCUAUGAGAAUCAUUAUCAAUUGUGUUUAUUACUUUAAUAACAUCUUCCUACUUACACUUUGACUUUUUGUAAAAAAAAAAACUUCCUUAUGUCCAUCUUUCUUUUUUUGGCUGCUAUUAUGCUUUAGUCACCUAAAGCCAAAUUGAAGUGAUUAGCUAACGUUAGUUGGUUGACGAUAUCAAAACAUGCUCACGCACAUUCACACUCUCUCUCUGUCACACACACACACACACACACACACACACACACACAAUGAUUAGCUGUGAAACAAGCUAGCUAGCCACCAAGGACGUGGGGUUAGCAGCUAGCAAUGGGUCGCUAACAUAAUAAACCUACUUACCUACCCAUUAGGUAGGUAGGUAGGUUUAUUCACUCAAACUAUGUUGCUGACGAGCUGACAAUACCUUCAGCCCCGGCACCUGGCUUUCAUUCAGUCAGUGGCUCACACUCAUAUCAGACUGACCGGCAAGCGGCAACUUCAGAUGAGCGUCUUUCCAGAGUCCAGCCUAAGCCAGCGGUUCUCUAUGAGGGGCCGUUCAAUUCAAAAUUUCAACUUUUUGGCUAUAACAUAUAUCAGAACGGGUGUAACAUAUGUUAGAAUGGGUAUAGCAUAUAUCAGAACGGGUAUAGCAUAUAUCAGAAUGGAUAUAGCAUAUAUCAGAAUGGAUAUAACAUAUAUCAGAAUGGAUAUAGCAUAUAUCAGAAUGGAUAUAACAUAUAUCAGAAUGGGUAUAACAUAUACCAAACUUGUGUGGAUAUACAGCAAACUGAAUACAUCAAACUUGUGUGGAUAUACAGCAAACUGAAUACAUCAAACUUGUGUGGAUAUACAGCAAACUGAAUACAUCAAACUUGUGUGGAUAUACAGCAAACUGAAUACAUCAAACUUGUGUGGAUAUACAGCAAACUGAAUACACCAAACUUGUGUGGAUAUACAGCAAACUGAAUACAUCAAACUUUUUUUUUUUUAAGAAUUGACACGUGACACAGCAACAAAUGUGCUUCUGUGACCGUCAUUUCAUAAUUAUCUUCAAUAAUGGCAGAGUCCGCGAAAUCUGUAAUUGAUUUAGUCGACAAACUGGCAGGUGAUAGGAGCCUGUUAACAACUUUAGCAAAUGUUUUAGAAAACGGGGGUCGCAGGAUGCACGAAUUCGUAAAUGAAAAUAAUGUGGAAAAAGAAUUAAAAACUAUUUUUUUGAGACCAGCUUCAUCAGUUGCCGCCGGGCCUACACAUUCCGAAAUCAGUAACACGUCAAGUCUUGCAUCAUCUUAUUUCACGAGGUCAACGAUACGACCACCACAAAGAUUAACCCAACCAACCAAAAAAAGGCGACCAACUUUCAAAGGUCCUGCUACUUUUACAAAGGAGGUAGUAUUGCUGGGCGGACCUCACAACAAUGUAGUUGUAAAACACAGAACCAAGCAAUUACUCUAUGAAAGUGGGCAUGUGAUGAAUGCCUUUGAAUUCCACAAGGAUUGGUCGGCUGAAGAACUUCUAGAGAAUAUUAGAUCAGCUUUCAGCAGUCAUCUUCCUCCAGGAGCUAAUUUGGAAAUACUCAUGGCUUACCACAAUAAACUGAUAGCUCCUUCUCUAAUGAGGAACCAAACUCUCAAUGGUUGGAUGAUGAACAAAAUAUUUAAGCAACGCUCUGUCUAUAUUCGCCCCUCGGUUGAAAUCUUGGAUCUGCAAAGGCUGGACCAACAACCUGAAGACUGGGAUCAAACUAAUGUGCCAGAUAAUUCUCAGGAUCCUAACUGUAUUCGUGAAGAGACACUAGUUGCAGAUGAAAUACUUGGAUGUUCCUCUGAACCUGUGACAUCCAAUCCAGAUGGUCUGCAUAAUGCUGGAAUCGCAUUUCCAAACUAUCUAGGCUUGGACAGUAAUGAUCUUCAUGCAGUACAGGAUGUUUGUGUUUCUGCAGACUCUGUACUAACACAGACACCAGUGUCAUUUGGUGUAGAGGCAUCUAAAAUACACACUACACUGUUUCAGUCUACAUCUGCCAUGACUUUGGAAACUAAUGUUCUGGAGAAAAAAGGAUCAGAUUGUUACAAGCAGUAUACAUCGCUUAUCUAUGAUUGUAUUGAGCUUAAUUCUUCAAGUGAUGAAGAAGGAGUACAGUUUGCUGAGAAUUCAUCUGUCCGCUUACAUGAUGGAGAUCAAGUAACUCUUCAUGAUGUUAUCACAAAUCUUGCCCUACAAAUAGAUGAAGAUGCAGUUUCAAAGUUCCAUAUUGAUAGAAUAAAUAUAUGGGAUGGUGCACUUCGUGGAUUUAAGCGCAAAACAUACAAGCCAGAAAAUAGAAUGUCUGUAAUGUUUACUGACUCAGAUGGCAACUCGGAAGGAGCUGUGGACAGAGGUGGUCCUACAAGGGAAUUUCUAACUUUAUUAAUGCAGACACUACAGAACAGUAAAAUAUUUGAAGGUUCAGAAGACUGGAAAAAUUUGACCUGCGAUUCCCAAGCAUUACGUGAUGAUGAUUACUUUCUGGCUGGAAGAAUUAUAGCCAUAUCUUUGGUGCAUGGCGGACCAUCCCCCAACUUUUUUUCUCGGACAUUAUAUGACAGUCUAGCCUAUGACCCUCAGCAGGUCACACCUUCUGUGAAAGACAUCUGUGAUUGUGAUAUUGCAGAGAUAAUUUGGGAGAUGGAGAAUGUGUCAACACUAGAGGGGCUUAAAGAUGUUGCAGCCAAGCACUGCAACCUUCUGCAUGUGGCAGGAUGUUACCGCUAUUUACAAAAUCUGCAAGACAGAGAUGUACUUGUACAAGACUUCAUGAAGUGGUAUGUUUGUGGCCGAACAAGAAAUUCCCUGGAAAGGUUAAAAGAGGGAUUGAAGACACUUGGUGUGCUUGACGCCAUUGUUGCACAUCCUGUUCUUUUUGCCAAUUCAUUUUGCUGGAGGGAGGAAGUGCUCACAUCUGAACAGUUUUCAGAAUUGUUCAAAAUAUCAUUCAGCACUGCUGGAAGUAAUAAAAGAAGUGAGGAACAAAGAAUUGUGGGCUAUUGGAGAGAUUACCUACAGGAUGUGGAAGAUGCGGAUUCCAGCGUGUCAUUAAGACUUCUAUUGUGUCAUUAAGAUUCUAGCAUUCAUUACAGGAGCAGACAAAGAGCCACCUCUUGGUUUUCAACCACAACCGUCUGUUGAGUUCCUGCAUGAGAAUAAUGAAGGAUAUAUCUCCAACUUUCCACAAGCUAACACAUGCUGCAAUAUUUUAAAGCUACCAAUUUUGAAGUCCUUUGAUGAAUUUAAGAAGCAGAUGGAUUUUGCUAUUCUCAACUCUCCAGGCUUUGGUCACCCCUGAGGCAGUCCUUCAUACUCUUACCAACUCCAUGUUCAGUUGGACAGUUUGGGACAGUUCAGGCUUUUUAACUCGCAUCUCAAUGCAUUUAGGUAUGUUUUACUCGGGUACCUCAUUACUUGUUUAAGAGAAGUAGUACUGCACUUAACAGAAUGCAAUGAAGUGUGAGUUAAAAAGCCUGAACUGUCCCACUGAACAUGGAGUCAUAUGGUCACCUUAAGUAUAAAACAGUUCAGUGCAAAUGUUUGGGACAACCACACUAUUGUACAAUUCUUUUUGUUUUGGUUAAUUUAACAAGAUGUGGUUGUAAACCAGUUUUUGAACACAUGGUUGUUUAGUCUAAGUGCAAGUUAAUAAGCAUCUUCAUUGAUUUUAUAAGGCACCUGCAGCCAGAAAGCAGUUGCAUAUUUAUAGAAAGGGUUGCCAUUGUUCUCAUGUCCUCAGUGAGCCACCAUAGAAAUGUUUGUGUAGUAGCAGCUAUUUGUUUGCAAAAUGUAAUUGUGUCAACAAUGUAAUUCACACAUUUUUAGUUAAUGAAAGAUACGUUUUCAUAAUUAUAGAUGUGGGUAUGCAAACUUUUCUUAACAAAAAGGAAUGUAAUGUGACUGUUUGCCAAAUUUGCUUAUAGACAAAUGGUCUCAAAAGACAAAUUCAUUUUAUUACAAUUUCUUCAUAGAUAGUCAAUAUCAAUCAUAUUAUUUACCUUUUCUGCAAAUGGAUUUCAAAUGUUUGCCCGCGAUUGCAGUUUAACAAAAACAGGAAGUGCACAGAAAUGUAUUGUUUUAUUUUAAAAUAAUUGUUUCACACUGAAUUUAGUUACCUAAACAAUUUGCUCAUACUCCAGAAGCUUACAUGUGUAUACAUGGUGUCCUGCUAUAAUAAUUUGGCCAUCCCGAUAAAUUGUUAGUUAAUGUUAGUUUGGUUCUGAAAUUGACUAAUAAAAACAAAAGCGAUAUACUUUAUUGUAGCGCUUGGUUGAGCCACCUUUUGCAGUGCAAAGAGCCUCUAACCUGCAUUGAAUCUACUAGGUGUUGCGUCAUUCUUUGGUCCAGGUUUCUCCAGAUCGGUGCGAGUCUCCUUUAGUUCCAACAUAUUGGUGUAUGGGAUGUGGAUGGGUUUAUCUCCACUGACGAGCCAGGCACUUACAAAGGUGCUCAAUUGGAUUUGUGUCUGGGCUGUGGGGCACCCAUGGAUGAAGUUCAAUGCCUUCAUUCCUUUUCAGACUGUGGCCACACAAGACACACUACUAGAUGUUUAUUGAAGGAUAUCUCAAUUCUGCAGGGUGCAUUAACAUUUGAAAGAAAAAUCUACUGCUGUGCCAAGAUUUGAUGCCCAUACUCUUCAGAAGGAUAGCUCUACAUACCACUCCUUACAUGUGACCAGUCCGGAAGAGAAAUCAAAUCAAAGCAUUCCACUUUUUUCCCCUCGGUGCUCCAAAGCCCAGACAUCAGUCCGAUUGAGCACCUGUGGCAGUAUCUGGAUUGUGAGCAGCGAGCUACCAAUCCCAAGCCCCCCCCCCCCCCCAAUCUAUUGCAACUAAAGGAAACUCAAAGAUGGGUAUGGAGAAACCUGAAGCACAGCAUGGAACACUAGGUACUGUAGAUUACAAAAACAGUAGAAACAACUGGUAAAAUGUUGUGUUUUAACUUGUCAACACAGUUAUAGUUAUUAUAAAGAGGUUACUUGAUUAUUACAAAAACUGGAAAGUAUAACAAUUGUAGAUGUUGAAUGAGAAUUAAAAGCAACAAUUUUGAU